AGGGGUGAACGGUUGUUCUAGAUAAAUUCACACUAUUUUCAUAAAAAGCUGCUCAAUAUUUUCUAUAUUUUAAAAUAUAAAACUGAAAAACGAUGCAAUUGUGUGACAUUUCGCUAUUUGACAACGCUUUUUUCAACAAACCUCGAAUCAGCUGAUCUGCUGCAACGCGCUAUGUUGACAAACACAAUUUUCUUCGCUGCAGAAUGGACCAACCCAACCGGUAUUGUUUGGUUUUGCUUAUUUUAAACUGUUUUUUAGUGUUUCAACUUGUAACCAGUGAUUGUGGAUGCAAUAAGCUAAAACGAAAUGCCGAAGGACAAGAGCUACCGAAGGAGCGCGUUAUAUUCCCAUCCGAAGCGAAAUCUUCUCAGGAAGAAACUAGCGAACCUGAAAGUUUGUUGGACUUGGUCGAACAUUCCAAGCUUUUCGAAGCGAUGAGCCUCAUUCCAGGAGGAGAGUAUACUAUCGGCACAAACGAGCCAAUUUUUGUCAAAGAUCGCGAGUCACCAUCGCGCCCGGUAUCAAUCCGUGACUAUUACCUCGACCAGUACGAAGUGUCCAAUGCACAGUUCAAAGAGUUUGUGGAGCAAACUGGGUACAUAACGGAGGCAGAGAAAUUCGGAGACAGUUUCGUAUUUCAGCAGUUGCUCACGGACGAAGUGCGCAAGCAGUACGAAGAUUACCGUGUAGCCGCUGCUCCAUGGUGGUAUAAGUUACGAGGAGCCUCCUGGAAACAUCCGGAAGGAGAUCAUUCACGUGAUGUAAACGAUCGGUUGGACCAUCCAGUGGUGCACGUAUCAUGGAACGACGCUGUGGCCUACUGUAGCUGGAAAGGAAAGCGUCUCCCAACGGAAGCGGAAUGGGAAGCGGCUUGUCGUGGUGGACGGAAGCAGAAACUUUUCCCUUGGGGCAACAAGCUGAUGCCUAAGGACCGACACAUGAUGAACAUUUGGCAGGGCGAAUUUCCAGAGAAAAAUUUAGUGGAAGAUGGAUGCGAAACCACCUGUCCGGUGUCGUCCUUCCGGCAGAAUCCGUUCGAUCUGUACAAUAUUGUUGGGAAUGUUUGGGAGUGGACGGCGGAUUUGUGGGAUCCGAAAGAAGCUGCUAUCCAGCGAAGUCCGUCAAGUGAACCACCAAAUCGUGUGAAGAAAGGCGGAUCGUACCUGUGCCAUGAAUCUUACUGCUAUCGCUAUCGAUGUGCGGCACGAUCGCAGAAUACGGAAGACAGUUCAGCAGGAAAUCUAGGUUUCCGUUGUGCGGCUGAUGCUAACUGAUACAAUUGUUUACGCAUAGCAAAUACGCAUUAAGUUGUGAUAAUCUCAAUGACCACUUCAAAGCUUCCGGCGAACGGAUAAUGUAACAACGUUGUAUUGCUUGUAAUUCCGUAACGUAUAGCAUUUUGUAUAACAUAUAAAAUUAAAUAAUAUUAUUAAUUAUCUCACGUACGAUUUCAGAACUUUUUGUAAAAAGGAUGAGAAGUGCAUAGAAGGAAUAUAGUAAUGGUUCUAGCAAUUUUUCCAAUGAAAUUUAUUAAAAUAAAUUCCAAUUAAAUUUGAAACAUUCAAAGCUGUUUUCAUUCUACCGAAUCUUUUGAACUCUAGCUCAACUCAAUCCGGGUACAGCAUAAACACAAAUUUGUGGACCGCCGUAAACAAUAAAAAUAGAAUGAUUUCUAGUCUGCUCAACAAUAUUUUACUAUUGGUUGUAUUUCUCAAUUUCUGAAACAAUUAAAUACUCUUGAUUUCAUGUAUUUUAUCAACAAAUAAACAACUAUUUUAUGCCGCUGAAAUUGUCCAAUUUGACGUUUUCGUUCAAAGUUGGACGAGUUUGACAUUUUCGUUAAAAAAAUCCCGAAGCGAAGAAAAAGCAAAACGAAGAGAGUGAAAAAAUGGAUGUUAAACAUAAAAAGGAACAGAAGCAAGAGUAAUAGUUAGGAUUUAGUGCGUUUUGAAUGAUAAAAAAGGAAAAAAAGGCUAGUGUGGUGAACCGAUACACGAAUGCGUGCAUGCAAAAAUAAACACACGACAAAGAAGGAAAUAAUUAAAAAGAGGGUAGGAUCGAAUCCCAGCGCUACAUACAAGCAAAACACGCAAGAGAGAACCCAAAGUGUUGUCAUACAAAGGAGGAAUUUACGUAUGUCCAGUAGCGUGUGUUUCGAAAAUGGCGAAGCAGUAGAGCCAAGAUCAUUGUCGCAGUGUCGAGAAGCAAAAGCCAACCAGUAAGGAACAAAGAUUGUGUCCGAUGUAAAGUGCACACACCAUACACACGAACGUCCAGUGUGCGACGUCGCAACACACUGCUGCGUGGUGCUGCGGUUAUGCUGAUAGUUGGUCAAGCGAACGUGAUUACACACACCGUACGGAACUCGGGGAUCUCGGUGCUGGUGCUGGCGGCUCGGCACGACACCAGCGUACACCUUCCGUUUCGAUCGGACCCCGGCCUAGUCCCGGUUGGGGCCCAUAGUGACCGAGGGAGACGACGAGCCGACAAUACUGUACCGAUCUCUCUCGUCGCACAAUACUACAACCAGCAGCAGCAGUAGCAGUAGCAACAAGCAAGUACGUGAACAAAUCCGGCAAAACGAACACAUUACACAUAGGCCGGGCGGUAUUGGCGUCGGUGUGUCUAUUAAGUGAACAGAAGCAGUAGAAGUACACCACCCGACGUAACCUAAUAGUGGUGGUUUUUGUUUUUCAAGAAACACAGUCAGACCCCAACAAGCGGAGCGCCGAGUUCGGCUACGCGGCGACUACUUAUUACACUCGAUCGCCCAUCUGUGUACUUAGAAAAUAUAACCGUGGCGACGGGUUCUAGAAAGCAGCAGCAGCAGCAAACUGUCGAGAGCAAAAGCGACUUACACGAUUACCGGACAGUUUCAAUUAGUGCAUGAAGCAGAAGAAGUUGCCGGAGGGAAAACAAAAGGUAGAGAGGCAAUAAAAUAAACCAGCCAGCUUCCCGUGCUUUCAACAAAACAAGAGGCUACCGAACCGUGUACACGUUACAGGUGCUGUCGGGAUAAGGUGUGGACAUUUAGACGGUGAGUGAAUUUUGCCUACACGGUGACGGCUCGGCCAGAAUUUUCGCCGACGGGGGGGCAGAUGCAAAAACAAGUGGAACACAGAACAGAUGAUUGUCGGGUUAUAUUUAGCCAGUUCUGGUUACUAAAAUUAACCUUAACGAGCCGACGGCGGGAACUGUCCGAAGAUUGAGAGAGAGACAGAGAGACAGAGAGACAGAGAGAAGGUCAACAGAAAACAGGAGGUAGAAGGCAAAAACAAAUACCAUACAACACAGUUAUAGGCUGGUUUUGGUUCGAUAAAUACAAGCAUCAAAAUACACGCGUACGAACAAACCGGAAUCAGCCGGCAGUUACAGGAUAAAGCGGAUAACGGAACCGGUCCCGGGAAAGGUGAUACAAGAAAGCGCGAAAGGGCAAUAUACACAUUUGCGCUAGUUAAAGCGGACCGAAUAAUUCCGUGUAAUACUGCACUAAUAAAGCAAACGGCGCAAACGCCUACGUAUUAUCGUA